AUGGCGCUGAAGGUACUGCAUUAUUAUGGCAAUAGAUAAAUAGAUAUAAAUAGAAAUAGAAAGACAUCAAUAUAUGUAAUAAGAUACAAGAAUAUACUUACAAAGUGUUACCUAAAGAUAAUCAAUAGUAGUGGUUUGUAGUGAAUGAGGAAGUGCGGGGAAUAUAUUAUAUUUCCCUUCUAUUGUAACUCCUCAACUAUUAACACCACAACAUUAUCGUCAGUCACACUAUUGGAGCUCUUUUCUCUCAGCAUUGCUCUCUACCACAAUAAGCCAGUAAAUUCUUCUCAUGCCCCCUAAAAAGAGAGGUCUUGCCUCGGUCCGCAAGGGCAAUUUGACGAAGGCGGCAAAUCGAGCUAUUCGGCAGGUGGAGGCGGAACUUCGCGAUAUGGCAGAGCUUGAGCGUGCUCAUCGUGCGAAUGAAGCAGGAGCCGCAGCGAGAACAGAACUCCAGGCUCGAUAUGACGCCGAGGAUGCUGAAGAGGCACUUGGUGCUAAUCUUCGAGGUCGUCACGUUGUGCCAGCUCGCCGCUCGGCCUCCCCUCGUCGUGAGAGAGUUGUUCAACCUGAGCGAGUUCAACCUGAUCGAGUUCAACCUGAGUAAAUCCACCGACCUGAGCAAUCCGGUGCGGCGGAUAUUCAACAAGGUGGUCAACAAGGUGGUGUUGGUGGUGGAAAUAAUAACUUCUACCCGGGUGAAUUUGGUCCUCAACAAGGCGGAUCUGUACAGGAUCAACAAGGCCGUUUCCAACAAGGUGGUGGUGUACAGCCUCAAUUCUCUAAUCAACCUCCAGGAUUCGGCAGAUACGGUAAUAUGGAUCCACAAUCUGGUGGCUUUGGUGCUCAAGGCGGAUAUAAUCCUUUUAUUCGUCAGGGGGUUGAUGUUUAUGGCAAUCCUGUAAGCGAUCAGUUUGGACAUAUGGUGCCCGGAGGCCAAGGUUGGCAAAACCAAAUGGGCGCUCCGCAGCAAAAUUUGGGCGCAGGUGUCCCGCUCCCUUUUCAACAACAAGGUCAAGGCCAUGGCGGUCCCCAAGGAGUCUGGCAGCAUCAACCAGGCCAAUGGAUGGGACCUGGCCAUGUAAAUUUGGGUCAAGGAGGCCAAGCUUUCGGAGCUGGUCAGAAUCUGGCUGGAAUUCCUGGAGCGGUGGGAUUCCCAAACAAUGCACCAGCCGGCAGUCAAUUGCUAGGAGAUAAUGGUGCGUUGCCCCCUUUCAUUAUGCGAGUUGUGGACACCCUCCCCCCAGAGCAUCAGAAGUAUAUUGUCCAGAUUGCCAAGGGUACUUUCAAGCUGUCGGAUCUGCAUUUGCUCGACGAGGCAAGUCAAUGGUUGGAGGAGGACAAGGGUGUUAUUUCCUUCAAUCGUGAGACAGGUACUUGGUAUAUUGGAAAGAAGAAGUCCGUGAAGGUGUAUGGUACUAAUCCUUCCAGAUGGCAACGUUGUUUUAUCAACUACCAGGCAUACGUCCUUGAGCUAUACGCCCCAUUUUAUCCCGAGGCUCGCCUCCCUUUGCAACUGAGCACCUUCCUCAAUUCGGUCUUGCGAUUGGCAGAGGUUUGGAUUUGGAACGAGGUCAUCAAUUUGGCGUUGUUCUGGCACGAUCGAGUGGUUGCUCGGGGUGGUCUUCGCGGUCUCCAUGGUUGGAAGAUUCCGGACACUUGGAUUAGCAGAUACUGCCGUACCAAGAGAUGUAAGGAGGGAGGCUCAGGUCGAGGUGGAAAGGGCAAGUACAAGGACGAGAAGGCGAAGCAACUCUGUUACAAGGAGACGAAAGGCUCUGGUUGUACUGACCCAGCGUGCGUACGAAUCCACCCGGAGGGUAAACGCUUGAGUAAAGGUGGUAAAGUCAAGGAAGAGAAAAAUGAGUAA